AUGAGCACCGGAUCAAGCUCCGAGAUCAGGGCUGAUAGUCAGAAUACCAACGCCCGAAGUAUCAGCCUUCUGCAUCUGCCACCAGAGAUUCUUUGGGACGUAACUUCGUAUAUAAAACCUGAUGGGCUUGCAAGCUUGGUACGAGUUUGUAAAAGGACUCGUGAAAUAUGUAUUCCCCGACUCUACGAAGUGAUUGUGCUCAGCCCCGCCGAUCUUACAAAUCCAAAUACCUUGUUGAGGGAUGGAAAUAUCAAUAUUCGGCACGUACGAUCAGUCCAAGUCAUUGGCGAUAUGGAAGAGGCCGGGUUCUGGCCUGUAGAUCUGUCAGACAGCGCUAUCGAACGAGUAUUAUACGAUUUAAGACGGCCGCUCGACAAGUUCCUUAGUUACCUUGGCAAGGAUACCCUUCGGGAAUUUGUUUGGCGAACAGAUUUGGCCCUAGGGAAAAGAACAGCCGAUUAUCUUCUGCAACAUCAAAAGAAAAUACAAAAGCUUACUCUAUGCCGCCUGAGCCUUCCGUCAACUUUAUUCUUCAAUGGCUCGCCUGAGGAUGGAAAUUCGGACUCUGGGUUCCUUGACUUUAGUACCAGUCUUUUGAACAAAGACGGACUAGUUUGGCUAGAUGUCAGGGAUGUGAGCAGUUUUGAAGGACUCCAGUAUCUUCUGAAGGCCAUCGUUAGGAACCAAAAUACCUUAAAGCGUCUUCGGUUUGGGUUCCCCAGCUAUGAAGCCCAUAAAAUGGCCCACAAUCCCCCUGGAAUUAAUAACUGGAGUACAAAAUCUAUAGAAGAUGCGAUUGCGGCAUGUGGCGUAAAUUUGGAAUCCACCACUCAAACAAUGUUCCCAGCGCUGAGGAGUAUAGAGGUUUCUGAUUUUGGAGUUUCAGCCGAUGAGUCCCAAGAGGCGAUGAUUUUGAUAAAUGGGGCUAUAAAACUUCGCCAAGUGCAGUCUUUGAAGUUCCGGAACUGUGGAUAUCUUGACAGUACGAUAUGGCCGUUAAUAGCAUCCCCUUUACAAAUAUCGGUACUUCACUUGACGAUCUAUCGAGACUUCGAGGUGUUUUACGAUUUUCUAGAGAAACAAAACUCCAUCACCACACUUUCUGAGCUCCGCCUUGUUAUUCGAGUUAGAACAGCACAAUGUAGGUUUCCAGAUGUUCGACGCCAUGCUCAGACUCUUCGGGUUCUUUACCUGGCGAUGGUUCAUAAUUAUGAUGACUUACCACGGGCUGCCGCCACGGGUAUGAUCUACAUGUACCCCACACCCAUGGCCACAAUACAUCAAAUUAUGUCCCUCCCACGGCUUCAAGAGCUUGCAAUUCCGUUUCAAAAUCCGAAUAUCUCGCGAAUCAAACUUGAUGAAAGUUCAUUUCCGUCACUUCGUGUGCUAUGGAUUUUGAGCGCGAAUGGCCUUAUCGAGCCCCGGCAACAUCGCGGAGGGUUUUUCGAUCUCAUAUCAAUGGCGCCGACUCCUUCGCUCAUUGAAACAGCUAAGACACGGAAAGACCAUCUUGACAAGAUAUUUGGUAAAGCAAGUUAUUAUCCGAAUAAACUUGAGAUCAUUGGAAUGGGUCUUAAAGAGAAUUAUGAGCACCCAGAGGAUAUAUUAUUGAUCCCGAAGGUACUGCCUCAUGGCUAUAAAUUGAGACCCGAAACUGAACUUCAAGGCUUUGACCGCGCCCGCAAGGCAGUAACAGCUCUAGUGCCAGUGUCUCUUAGUCGGGAAGAGUAUUCUUGGAUAAAGAUUUUUGAACUGGGGAAAGGAAACUGGGGCCAUAGGGCUUGGGCGUAA